CAAAGCAUGUAUUACUGGCCUUACUUUCAAAGGGAGUGCUCCUUCAGAGAGUAACUUGACACUAUGACUUUUUCUGUUUGAUUCUUAGCCUUCAAAUUAAAUUUAUUUCCUGUGUAAGAGCCUUAACAACCAGUCGGACUUCCUCACGUAUCAAGUGUAAUCAGAGGAUGUUUAAUUCUAUGAGGACAGUGCGAAAUCCAUAAAGCCAAGCUGACCUUACGGAAAUAACAACAACUGGCCACAAAUGGUCAUUGUAAGGGGGAUUACGAUGAUCACAUGGAUAUUACUGGUCUCGUUGUUCUGGAGGAGCAUACAAGAUGGAAAUGGCCAAGACAAUGGUAUCAUGCAUUGUGGACCUCAGAAUCUGACAGUUCGCAGCUCUAGCCAGAUGAUCCACGUGACAUGGAAAGUCGAGCCUUCAUGCUCUGCAGUACAGGAUGAGCUGAUCUAUGAGCUGGUGGUUCUGAUAGCAGACGAGCAAGUACAUUAUGCUGAAGUUCCUGUGAAGCCCGAGCAGAUAGAAUCUACUCACUCCUGGAACUGGACGUCCUCUUUGGCAAUGGAGUGUGCUUCAGUCAGGCUCAGGUCCCGAUACAAAAACCAUACAAGCCCAUGGAAACAAGAACGGACCCUUCCUGAGAUGAACACGUCAAAAGAGCCACAGGUUUUUCCAAGGGACAGGAGGCUCAAGGUUGGCAGUAGUUUCACCUUCUGCUGUGUUCUGCCUGCGGGGGAAGUUUUUAAAAAAAUGUAUCUGAAUGGUACUGAUAUGAAGCCUACUAAAAUCAGCAAUCAGAUAUUUGACCUGACUGUCCACCUGGAUCAGCCAUCAAGAGACAGCUGCACUAAUGUGGAAUGUGAAACAACACAAACAAAUAUUGGUGGGGCUUGUGCUUACAUUGGCUACCCACCUCAGGACAGUAACCUUCAGUGUGAAACCCGAAAUCUGACAUCGGUUGAAUGUCACUGGACAGUAGGAAGAACAUCCUCCAGCAAGAUAGGGAGGGAAACAAAGUAUCAGCUACUUGGGAGUCCAUGUAAGGAUCCGUCGAAGGGGACAUGCUCUAAAACAGAGCGAAUAGAUGUUGGUGAGAGAAACUGGACAUUGACAGCAGAAAAUGCGCUUGGGAAGGUGAAUCUUAUAGACACUGCAGACCUGACUAAAAGAGUGCACAUGUUUGCUCCACAGGGAGUGACGGUUUCAGCCGUGAAUGCCAGAAAUGUCAGUCUGAAGUGGGAGUGGAACGUGCAACAGUACUAUAAUCUCAAUAUAACAUGCCAAGUAAACAUCAGCCAUGUUGAAAAAAAUACCAUAAGUGAAAUCUUUGGAGUUGGUCUUAAUUUUGCAGUUUUAAAUUACUUAAUACCAAAUUGGUCAUAUAAUGUGAGAGUACGAUGUGGAACAGCACAGCAUUUCUGGAAAUGGAGUGACUGGAGCAAAAGUGUCAACUUCCACACAAGGGGUGAUGUCCCAGAUGCUCUUGAUGUUUGGAUGCAGAUGAAGGACAACCAGAUAAUAGCCAUCUGGAAAAUGCUGCUGGCCAACCAGAGUCAUGGACAGAUCCUAGACUAUGAAGUGACCUGGGCAAAGGCGACAGAGAGAGAACGACAAAACAGAACCACAGUGGCUCACAACACCCAUAGUGUUGCCCUCAGUGUGGACACCAAUGAAGACUAUAUCAUCACAGUUACAGCUAGGAAUAUAAAUGGCAGCUCAACACCAUCAACCAUCACCAUCCCCAGCCUCAAUUCAGACAGAACAAGAGUGAACACCUCUCGGAUCACUGGCAGCAAUGGUAGCUUCAACCUGUCCUGGUCUGCCAGUCCUGUAGCCAGCUGUGGCUACAUAGUGGACUGGAGUCCUACGUUAGGGCACUGCAUUGUGGAGUGGCUGAAAGUGUCUCCCAGUGAGAGCAACGCCAUUGUAUUUUCAAAAAACUUCAAGGACGGAGUGAGAUACUCAUUGUCCAUAUAUGCCUGCACCCCGGGAGCCCCUGUGCUACUAGACAGAAGAGAGGGCUAUGUCCACGAAGAAAGAAUACAAGAUGGCCUGUUUAAAACGCUUGAGGGAAAACAGCAGGAUUCCGAUUUUGUAGUAUCCUGGGACCCUGUAUCUCUGAGAGAGCAGACUGCUUUUAUCCAAGGCUAUGUCCUGUAUUAUACAGACAACAACAAAGUCAUCAAUUUCAGCACAGAUGAUCCUGCGGCCACCAGCCUGACAGCAAGAGGCCUUAAGAAUGGUACCUACACAUUCACAGUGAAGGCAAAGACAGCUGUUGGAGAAUGUGGUGAUACACCCAUUACUUCCACCUUGAAUUCUCCGAGUGAUGACUUGAUCAGUGCAGUCGUCAUUUCCCUGGUCGCUGUUUUUGGUUUCCUUACCCUCCUCACUAUCGUUUGCUUCAGACACUGGACAUGUAUCAAACAGAAGGUCUACCCUCCAAUCCCAAAGCCAGUUCUGACAUCACCGGGUAAAUUUACAUGUCCUCUUUAUGUGGAUCAGUAUCACCACAGUGAAGCAGAUAUCGUGGAUGUUGCGGAACUGCACUGUAGUGAAGGAGCAACAGUAAAUGGUUAUAUCAGCCAGGAGAACAUGCCAUUUGUUUUUGCACAAACUCCAAAGGGUUACUACAACCAGCCCCUGAAAAAGUCCACUCCACCACCCCUCCCCUUACCCACUACAGCCAUCCCCUCUCAGUCAGUGUUACCAUCUUCUCCCUUCAGAAGUUUAUUUCCAAACCUGUCGUACAACCUGACGAUGCAGCCUGGAGAUCAGCAGUCUUACUCAGGUCCUGAGCUCCAGGAGGGAUCAUCUUUAGAGAUUAGCUCUGGCGGAUACCAGCCUCAGGGUCACACAGAAAUCUUCACUAUGAACCAGACAGAAGAGGACCCAGGGAGUCCAAUGUCCUGUGUCUCCACUUACAUUUUGUUACCAAAGUCACCUUCCAGAUAACUGCUGAAUGCAUAGCUUGUGUGAGAUGUUAUAAGUAGGGUAGCCAGAAAAAGGAACUUUAACGUGAACACAUAACAGUGUUAUUUUAAGCCUACUUUUAGCCAUGCUAGGAGCAUUGCUCUAGGGAUGGCAAUGUCUGUUUGUCCACUACUUUGGUCUUGACUGAAAGAGCUCAACAACAAGUUGAUGGGCUACUAUAAAUUCAAAAGCUAACAGACAUUCAAGACCCUUUACUUUUUACCAACGUAAAAAAUACCUGCUGAACAUCAACAUGCUAGCUUUGUCAUUGUGAACAUGUUUAUAUGCUGAUGUGACCAUUUAUCUCAAAGCACUGUCUCAUAGACUCUUUGGUUAUAUCCAGAAGCAUUUACUCAAAGGAAACUGGACUUGCUUUAGAUUCUUCAAGUCAUUAAGCCUUCUUAUUCUUAGUUUCUGACUGACUAGUGGAGAGUCCCAGGCAUUUAACCUCUGUGGAGUCAUUUAAGGUGCCAGUAUACUCCGUCAGAAGUACUUGUUGGAUGGCUGAAUAGCUUUGGAAACCCGCUGCCCAUUCAUUCUUGACACAACUGUUUCCAUCACUUUUCAUGUGAUCAACUGGUACAACGUGAUUUUGCCAAGUAGGACAUGCUCCUGGAUCAGCAUCCCAGAUCCCAUUUCAACAUUGCAAUCAACCAAUCACAGCUCUCUGACAUCAUCAGUGUGCUGCUCCUGUGCCUCUUUCAAAAUUUAUUUGUGCUUUUUCAGAGCUAAGCUAGUUUUCGAAAUUGACAUUGACAAAAACCUUAUGAGCUACUGCAGGGUUAGCGAGUUAGUUUGCUAACUAAGUUGGUUAUGCUAACCAGUAAACUUGCCAAUAGACUAGAAUAUUAGCGAGUUGCUAACAAGGCUAUGCUAGAUUACCAAUAGGCUAAAAUAUUAUUCAAUAAUAUUAUAUAGGGUUAUGUCAUUUUGCAGUUGCAAAGACCUGCCAGGGACACAUCCCCCCUCCUUUUUAAUAGCCUAUUCAAAACUAUGUGUUUUGAUCCAGGACCAUCACUGCAAUGUUGACCCUGGAUAAUUUGUUGAUCCAGAACCAUCAUCUUCAUCCAGCCUAAUUUGUUUAAUCCAGGGACAUCAUUGCCAUGUUGAUCCAAGAUAACUUGUUUAUGUUGAUCCAGGACCAUUACUACUAGGUUGAUGUUGACAUAAAAAAAAAAAAAAUCCAGAAUCAGUGUGAUGAUGAUGAUGGUCCUGGCUAAACUUAACCAAAUUUAUCCAGGAUUAACAUGGAAAAAAGGAGGGAAACUGCAGGAAUUUGCAACAAAAAAUGCUAUCAUCCUACUCUUUGUUACUGAACAAUAAUUUAGUCUAUUGGCAAGCUUACUUGCUAUAGCCAACCUAGAUGGCAAGUGAACUCACUAA